CGCAGCCCCCUCCCCGCCCCCGCCCGCGGCCCCCGCGCGGUGCACGCCGGGCACUGUGGUCCCGCUGGCCCGCGGAGCGCGUUUUGGACACCCGGAAGGACUACAUCUCCCAGAGGCCUUUGGGCUGGCGGGGGAGGGGGUGUGCGCGCAAAGCCCCGCGGGGCUGAGGGUCUUGUCCUCCGAGCGCUUGGACCCGGGCUGUCUCGGCGUUCGCUCGGCCUUGGGCUGCCGGCCUCUCGAGCUCCCCAGAACCCUGUGUGUCCGCCCAGGCCAGCAGUAGAAGGAGCCUCACCUGCCUGUCUCCUCUGAGUACCUGGGAUUGGAGGGUCCAGGAGAAGCAGCAAAGAUGUCGAAUGAGCCACCCCCUCCUUACCCUGGGGGCCCCACAGCCCCCCUUCUGGAGGAGAAAAGUGGAGCUCCGCCCACCCCAGGCCGCACCUCCCCAGCUGUGAUGCAGCCCCCACCGGGCAUGUCACUGCCCCCUGCAGACAUUGGUCCCCCACCCUAUGAGCCGCCGGGUCACCCAAUGCCCCAGCCUGGCUUCAUCCCCCCACAUGUGAAUGCAGACAGCACCUACAUGCCUCCAGGUUUCUACCCUCCUCCAGGCCCCCAUCCACCCAUGGGCUACUACCCACCAGGGCCCUACCCGCCAGGGCCUUACCCUGGCCCUGGGGGCCAUACGGCCACGGUCCUGGUCCCUUCAGGGGCUGCCACCACAGUGACAGUGCUGCAGGGAGAGAUCUUUGAGGGUGCACCCGUGCAGACGGUGUGUCCCCACUGCCAGCAGGCCAUCACCACCAAGAUCUCCUACGAGAUUGGCCUGAUGAACUUCGUGCUGGGCUUCUUCUGCUGCUUCAUGGGGUGUGACCUGGGCUGCUGCUUGAUCCCCUGCCUCAUCAACGACUUCAAGGAUGUGACGCACACGUGCCCCAGCUGCAAAGCCUACAUCUACACGUACAAGCGCCUCUGCUAACGGAGCCGGGACUGGACUCCCCACUGUCAGUCUGGCCCCCUGUGCUUUGCUCCCCGCGCUCAGUGGCUCGCUUCCCUGCUCCCACUUGGGGGUGGAAGCCGUU